UUCUCCACCCAAAAUAUCUCCUCCGCUCAGAAAAAACCUACCAAAGAAGAAGAAGAGUAAAGUAAAGCAUUUCUUCAGAACCUCAGAGAUGGAAGCAUCUAUCUCUAGUGCAACAAUGGAGUCUGAUGUUGGGGAAACAAAAGUUUUGAAAGCGUUGAUUGAAGCGUUUAGUUCAGAAUUUUCUCUUAGGGAGAUAGCUUCUGCGUAUUGCAAGGCUCUCCGUGAUCCAAAUAGGGCUGCUGAAAUUCUUUAUGAUGGUCAAAAGUUGAAGAACUGCUCUAAUGCUGCAUCUGCCGCUAUUACCACUCAGUGUAAAGCAAAUGGUACAUCGUCAUCAGCUUCAUCUUUAUGUGAGAGUGUUGAUGACAAGCCAAGUUGUGCAAAUUAUUGGGAUUCUAAGGCAUCAAAAACGAAAAAGCUGUCAGUUUCAAUUGGUAGUGUUUCUGGUGUUAUUGGUAAGGGGCAUGCAAUGCCUAACACGCCUGCAUGGGGUCCCGGUAGCAGCACAUGGCCUUCAUUAUCAGAAACCUUGUGUGGGAGUGUUGCUACAAAUUGGGGUGCUGAUAACGGUUUGAAGGCAUCGAAACUGGAAAACCCGGCCUUGUCAGUUGGUAGUGUUUCUGGUGUUAUUGGUAAGGGGCAUGCAAUGCCUAACACGCCUGCAUGGGGUCCCGGUAGCAGCACAUGGCCUUCAUUAUCAGAAACCUUGUGUGGGAGUGUUGCUACAAAUUGGGGUGCUGAUAACGGUUUGAAGGCAUCGAAACUGGAAAACCCGGCCUUGUCAGUUGGUAGUGUUUCUGGUGUUAUUGGUAAGGGGCAUGCGAUGCCUAACACGCCUGCAUGGGGUCCCGUUGGCAGGCCUUCAUUAUCAGAAACCUUGGGUGAGGGUGUUGCUACAAAUUGGGGUGAGGAUAAGGGUAUGAAUGACCUGGCCUUGUCAGUUGGUAGUGUUUCUGGUAAGUGUUUGAUAUGCAGCAGACCUGCAUGUGGUCCCCUGGGCACAACUAAACCAUUGAAAUUGGAUACGAAAGACUUUCGGUUUGAUGAACUCCCAGAUGAUGAUGUUGCAUCAGAUUCAGCAGCAAAUGAGGACCAAAUGCAUACAGGACAAGGGAGGAUUUUUGUGGGUGGGCUCUCACCGGAAACCAAUGAAGAUACCUUAAAAGAUCAUUUUAAGAAGUUUGGUAAAGUUGUGGAGACUGUUAUUAUGAAAGACAAGGAUACAGGUAGUUUAAGAGGUUUCGGGUAUGUUCUCUUCUCAGAUCCAUCUGUAGCUGAUAAAGUUCUUUUAGAAAGACAUGUUAUUCUUGGAAGAUUGGUUGGAGUGGAAAAAGCAGAGCCCAAACCCAGAUUUGGACAUAAUAACCCUUGCAACCAAAAGGGUUUUAACAAGAAGAGUAAUGGUAAUAAUGGUCAGUUUAGGACAAAGAAGAUUUUCGUAGGUGGUUUACCUCAUCGCUUGACUGAGAAAGAAUUUAAAGCUUAUUUUGAGAAGUUUGGUAGAACUACCGAGGUUGUUAUUAUGCAUGCUCCUACAAAAGAUAGACCUAAAGGUUUUGGUUUUAUCACUUUUAAAUCUGAGGAAGCUGUAGAGAAUGUAAUGCAGCAGAGGUUUCAUGAGUUGGAUGGCAAAGUGGUUGAGGUUGAAAGAGCUGUAGAGAAGAAAACGCGGAAGAGGUUUCAUGAGUUGUAUGGUCACAAUGGUGGUGAUAAUAUGAGAACGGAUGGUGGAAGAGGAGAAUCUCUUGCUGGUGGAACUAACUCGUCGUCAAAGUCAGGAUAUGGGGGAAAUUACCCUGAGUAUUCUCCUCAACUUUCAGGUUAUGCCUCUGCUGGAGGGACCCCAGUUGUGUCACCCAGGAGUCCACUAUGAAAUAGCAAAGGAGGACCAAAUGCAUACAGGUACUUGUGGUGCAGUAGCUGGGAGAAGUGUCCAUUUUCAUCACAAGUUUAAGAAAAGGAACAAGAUAUAGCCAGAAAUAUGUAUAUACCAAAGCCGAGUUUGAGUCACCGCCAAGUUUGAGCAGGUGACUCGAGUUUGAAAAUAGAAUGAACUCGGUUUUUUAUUUUGGAGAUUAUGUCAUAACAAUUAGCUAGCUUAAUAUCCGCCAAAAUUUGUUUU